GGAAAGAAGAGGCUGCACACAGACUGACGUCUCGUAGACCUUUUCCCCUUUAACGCUCUUCAUGGCUUCCUAACAUUUGGUGGAAUUACAUCGAAGUUGUUGUUGUUUUUAAUGUUUUACUCCUGAUGGGCGUUUCGGCUGGAAGAAAGCAAACACAAAAGUUCAUGUUGUUCACCGACUGCUCCCCUCGUCAUUUGUAGCAUUUUCACUGGCAACUUUCUUCUUUCUUUUUUGUCCGGUGAUGUGAUUCUCCUCAAUUUAUCUGGAGCGGCUUUGUGUUUUUUUUUUUUUUUUGUGUCAAAGGCAGGAUUACGUUUGUCCACUUUUGCAAAGUCGGAUUUUCAACAUGCUGGCGAGCACGACACUUUACGCGGCCAAGAAACGGAAGAAGCCUCAGCAGAAAAUACCCAAACUUCCACCAGCCCUGGGUGCCAAGUCGAACCCAUCUAAACGACACCGUGGCCGUCUUAACGACGAGUUGGAAAAGCUAACUAGUCUGCUGCCCUUCACCAAGGAAGUCCGGGCUCGCCUGGACAAGUUGUCAGUGCUCCGGCUCAGCGUGGCUUACCUGAAGGUCAAGAGCUUCUUUAAUGCCACCCUCAAGAAUGGACCAACUAGGUCAAGCUGGCACAGCCAUCCCAGCCUCAUGGUGGAGGAAGAAGUCCAGAGCACAUCCACACCGACCACCGCCCUGGUGACUUCCAUUGAUGGGAUUCGCUUCUCAGAGGGGGACCUGCUCCUCCAGGCGCUGAAUAGCUUUGUGUUGGUGGUGACCUCUGAAGGUUACGUCUUCUACACAUCGCCCACAAUCCAGGACUUUCUGGGUUUCCACCAGUCUGAUGUCAUCCAUCAGAGUGUAUUCGAGUUGAUACACGCGGAAGAUCGAGCACUUUUCAGGCAGGAACUUCACUUUGCUUUCAACCCUCAUUCCAGCCAGCCAGAUGGCACCACAGAGGCCAGCAGUGAACAGAGCAGCAGCGAAGUCACCGCCAACCUGAUGACCUACGACCCUCAGGCUAUUCCUCCAGAAAACUCGUCUUUCCUAGAAAGAAACUUCUGCUGCCGGUUCCGAUGCCUGCUGGACAACUCCUCUGGCUUCCUGGCUCUAAACUUUCAUGGCCGCCUGAAACUCCUCCAUGGUCAGAACCAUAAGGUCAUGUCAGAGAACGGCACACAGGUUCCUCCACAGCUUGCUCUGUUUGCCAUCGCUACGCCCCUGCAGCCGCCGACUAUUCUGGAGAUCCGCUCCAAGACGCUCAUUUUCCAGAGCAAACACACGCUGGACUUCUCGCCGAUCGGCAUCGACACCAGAGGAACGGUGGUUCUGGGUUACAGUGAUGCAGAGCUCCGCGUGAAGGUUUCAGGCUACAGCUUCAUCCAUGCUGCGGACAUGAUGUACUGUGCCGACAACCACCUCAUCAUGAUGAAAACCGGACAGGCGAAGUCCGCCUUCCGACUGCUGACUAAAAAGAGAAAGUGGGUUUGGGUCGAAGCCAACGCCAGGCUUGUCCUAAAGGGAGGGAAGCCAGAUUUCAUUGUGGUGCAGCAGAGACCUAUAUCCAACGAAGAAGGAGAGGAAAAUCUGCGUCUUCGUCGGCUGGAGCUGUCGUUUAGUUUCGCCACUGGUGAGGCACUGUUGUACGAUUUGGCGCCAACAUUGGGCAUGCCCGACCCUUGUUCCGCCCCAAAGCAGAGGAAGCUAGACCAGCACUCUGUCAGGGCCACUUCGAUUCUUGGCUGCAUGCUAAACCAGGACCAGUCUAUCUACUGCAAGCACAACUUUGCUAACAAUGUCAACUACAUUAACGACAUAGCCUUUCAAGACACGCAUGCCACAGUCAGUGUUGCUGGAGACGUCUGGCAGCACACUUCACCCAAGCCUUCCAUUGAAAGCCUGGUGAAGUCUGAGAGCACCGUCCAGGACAUGAUGGAGACUCUGCAGGAGAUUUUGGGUGACGGUAACCUUAUAGAUACAGUGAACGUGAAACCUGAAGAGCUAAAAAGCUGGGAAAACACUGUACUUAAGGUUAAAAGUAACAGCUGCGAAAUGAGUGCCAACCUAAAUGAACUUAUUAGUGAGGACAUCCUUUUGUAUGUGGAGGAGCAGCUACAAAAAGAAGGUGGGCUGAUGUUGCCAGACCAGCUAGAUGAUGUUUCCCCAACGUUGAACUUCCAGAACCAGGGUCCUGCUGACCCAAACAUGUUACAAAACGUCAGCUGGCUUUUAGACCCUCAGAGCCAGUUAUCUAGUGGGGGACACAUGAUGCCUGAACAGUCAUGUACUGUUUUGGGGACGAGUUUGUCUGGUCUCAAUAGUCCAGUAAUGGGCCAAAUUCUCUCAAAGCAAAAACUGUCCCUUCCUACUUGCCUUCAAGAUUCCACAGGUGGACUUCCACCGAGCUUUGUCCCGUCUUUGGGAGCCUCUUUUGCCGAGACACCGAAGACAUUGAGGACCAUAAAGGCGAGUUUCAAAGAUAGCAACAUAUUGUCACUCAGACAACCCAAUCAUCUAACCAACCAAAUGGCUCAACCAAUGCAGAACUUCCAUCAGCGGAUGGUGCCUAACCUUCCUGCUGACCACUGUGAUCAAAUACAGCCUGCGUUCAGCUUCCAGAAUACCCAGUGGAGCUCCAACCAUGCAGAUGCUUUUGUGGGAAGGCAAACUCAAAAUUUUUCUAGUGGACCAGUCAAGGCAUCCAGCUGUAUGCAGAGCCACAUCGACCAUCCGGUUCAUGGUGGACAAUACCAGAGACAUUCUUGGCAGCAACAGCACCAACUAGAACCACAGCAAAUUUCAAAUGGACAAAUGAGCCUUAACCAAUUGUCAGGAUUUCAGACAAAUCCAGGGUUUGCAGUGACCCAGAACACUGCCCUGUCCGGACCAACGUUUAGGAAUCCAUUUAGUACUGUUGAGCAUGGGGUGGGGCUGGCACCUGUUGCAGUUCCAAGCAGUUGUAUGUUAAUUAACAAUCCUCCCACUCUACCUGUGAAUGGCGGACACGCCAGUGAGAUGCUCUCUUACCAUAAAUUGAAACACUUCAGCAACCACAUCCCAGACAGCAACUCCUGCUUCAAUCAGGGUGAAGGCGAGUCCUUGUCCCGUCCAGACAUGGCAACGCUUCCCUGCCAAAUAGCCCCAGGUGUUGACUUGGGCAUCCCGCUGAUGCAACAACAGUACCUGAAUUUCAGUGACCAGCUCAACAACCACUCAGUUGUCGGGAACGGGGGCGGGGCUUUUCCUCACUGCCAAACAGGAACUCCUGCUUCUCAGAGAAAAAACAGGAAACAGCUUUGACUUUUGGGCUGCGGGGAUCCCGACAUGGACCGACAGACAAAUAUCUCUAAAACAAAGUCAUGAAUGUGUGCUUGACUCUCUCUCAGUCGUCCUCAGACGAGCUUCCAUCGGAGUCUCCAAUCAUUCCAGUUCUACAUACACCCGGCCAGCUCCAUAGAGUUUCAGCUCCCGCAUCUUUCUUCAGGGUGUCCACGUACGUUAGCGCGGGACGUCCUCACGAUCGAUGCCCGUGCGUUGGUUCCCAUAGGACCAGCCUGCUGGCCGGGAGCUCCCGAUGUCUGUGGCAGUGGCCGGCCAGCCUCAUCCUCCUAGCUGUUACCUUCUUGCUGAGCCUCGGCAGUUGCCCGUACAGGUCCUUGUUGGUGAUGUGGAUGUUCUGGUCCACGUUCAGAACAGCUCGUAACAUUCUGGUGUAGCACCCAUCUAGGGACUUCUGCAGGGUGGGUGUCAGGGUUCAGCUUUCGCAACCAUACAGGAAGACAGACUCCACAGUGUCGUGGAAUAGACUCAGCUUUAUGUGUCGGGGGAGAUUCGAGCACCACACUCUUGACAUAUAGUUCAGGGCCCUCCACGCUAGUGCCUUCCUGACCUUAAGGUCUUGUUCUGUGGAGUUCAUCCAGGAACCCAAGUACUUGAAGUCAUUGACCUCUCGCAGAGCGUUGCCAUCUGAUGUUGUUAUUGGCAGGUGGUCCAUGUGUAGGUUAUAGGUGAUUACUUCUUUGCGUUCAGUCUGAGGCCAACCCUGGCACAUUCCUGGAGAACAGAAUUGUUCCUCUUUGGUUCUUCAAAAGCUAAUGGUUGCCUAAAUGUUCACGGAAAACGAGCAAGACAUGAAAGGUCACCUGUUCGGAGUUUAAUUUAGGUCUUGAAACAUGGAAUGGUGGAAUCCGGGUGGUUGGAUUUGACCAAAGAAAUAAAUUAAUAAAGAUCGGGGAAAUUUGAGAACAGCCAGCAAGUUUGAGGGCUCAUCAUCAUCAGGAAUAUUGGAAACAGGAGUUAAAAGUUUGCAGUUUGCAGUCCCCUUCCCAACCCAAAUUUUGUAACUCUGAAUGGUCUGCUGCUUCACUUCUACGUCUCAUUUUCGGCCAGGGAUGUACCAGCGCCACAUUUGUUGUUGAAGUUCAACUUUUUUCCAUGACCACAUACACAAAAGUUGAAGUGUGAUGCAUUUGAUACAUUUAAUGCAUUAAAGAUGCUACAAUUAAUCAAUGCCGGGUAAUGCAGUACAUAUCUAAACAAAACAUCAAUCUCUUAUCUUUAUUAUAAGAGACAAAGCAAAUGUGUGAGAAUAUAUCUAAUUAAUAAUGGAACUAUAUACAUUUUAGACUAUGAUGAGGGCCAAUAAAGGACAAGCUGCAAGAUGAAUUUGGCCUGCAGGCUGCACUUUGGACACCCGUGACCUAAAGAAACUCUACAAGCUGGUCAGUUUUGUGCACAAACACGCACAACUUAUUCACUCUCAGAAGGAUAAAGUGAUAACUACUUUUUUUUGCCAAUAUUUGUGCUUUUGAAGCUUGCCGUUAUGACAUACUUGUGAUGACGACAUACAUUCAGCGUCAUCUAAGCACAAGAUUUGCUGUGUUCUGUUUUAAAGCAAAAAUGCACUCGUAGUUCAUAUUUCUGUAGUUUUAGCUUCUAGUGGAGAAUAACGGACUGUGUAUAUUUAGACUGGAGUAAAGCAAAUCAUUGCCUUGGACUUCAGUUGUAUUGCACUUACUGUUGAAAAAAAUUAAUAGAGCAUUUUUGUGAAGCUUUUAACAUAUUAUAUUCACUCUAAUGUGUACAAAACAAGCAGUUUGUCAGCGUCUUUGCCACAACGGCUGUAAACUUCCAACUACCAGUCAUCAUUUUGCAGCAAAUGUCCGUCCAAGCCGGUGCAGAAGUAAAACUACAAAAGGCAGCUAUUGUCUAUUACUUUAUAUGAGGGUGUAAAUGGAACUGAGAAAAUAGCAGACAAAAAUGUCUCAGUACUAAGACUAACAGCCUUGUUUGUGAACACAGCUGACUUCUUUCUGAAAAACAAUCUUACUUUUACCAGUUGGAAUUGUAAACACGAUAACCAUAUCCUGCCCAGAACCAGACAUUUGUUUUGAGUCUAUUUCUUUUGUCAAGAGUUAGACAUUUCAGAAUAAAAUACCGCUGCUAUGUAAAACACAAAUUUCCAUUGCCAAAGUCACUGGUUCUUAGAAGGAUAGUCUUUGUUUGAUUGAUUGAAACUUUUAUCAGUAGAUUGCACAGUACAGUACAUAUUCCCUACAAUUGACCACUAAAUGGUAACACCCCAAUAAGUUUUUCAACUUCUUUAAGUCGGGGUCCAAGUAAAUCAAUUCAUGGUACAAAUAUAUACUAUCAGCAUAAUACAGUCAUCACACAAGUUAAUCAUCAGAGUAUAUACAUUGAAUUAUUUACAUUAUUUACAAUC